UACUUUUUCUUAAAUGAAGAAGAAAAACUAAAUUCCUAAUUACAGAAUUAGUAUGAUUUUAUAAUGUGAAGAACAACUAAAUUCCUAAUUGGACUAUCAGAAUCUUCCUCAACUACAACAGACGAUCUGCGAGCUUUACAACUGUGAAUUCCCAUUCCCAAACCCUAACAAAUUCUGGAGUCUAAUUGUGCGUCUUCGUUUGUAUUGCUUGCUGCGGAAGAAACUUCCUUUUGAUCGCAGAAGCAGACAAACUGACUGGAAAAAUCUUGAAGUCUGAUUCCUUAUCUUUGUAAAGUACCUGCAGAAAUGGCAAUGACAAUUGAAGGUUGGUCCCUCUAUGCCUUCUAUUACUAGAUUCAUGUUUUAUGGAAUUAGAGGAGACAAAUGUUGUUGUGUUGUUUGUAUUACAGCUCUUAGUGGCAACUAUCAAAAGAAGAACUGUGAUAACCUGGGAUACAUACCCAUUUCCAUUAAAUUGUUGCAUUUGUCAAUUUCCCCCAUUUCUAGUAGUAUUAUUUUACUUAAUCCAAGUAAUUAAUCUAUAUAGCUUUAACUAAUUCCUUUUGAUUUACAUAAAUGAGUGACGGCGAAUCCAGGAUCCUCUUAUUUUUGAUUUAUUAUUUUUUGAAUAGUUGUAAAGUAACUCUGUAAACUACUGGCUGAGUAUAAAGUGCAUAUCAGAGAAACAUUUGUGCUUAUUGGGUCAUUGGAUAUUUAUUUGUAAAUAUAAGUUAUAUCUGUGUUCUGAUCUAGUAUUGCUUAAAGUAUAGUUGUCAGUCGAAUUAACUUGAGAUUCAAUCCAUGAAUCUUUCUAUGUUUUACCUACCAAUAUGCAUUAGUUAAUGCCUAUUGGAGAAUGGAGUUUACUUAAAUUCUAGUUUGCUGGCUAAUUCACAUUUUUAUGCUAAUCCUCUGUGUAAGUUUACUAUAGAUGCAUUUUUGCCUAGUAUUGUGGAUAUAUUUCACUGCAAAGCCUAAUCUAUUUUUCAUUGUGGUUUUGAUUUUACACUUUAUAUGCUGGUCCGCUAUUCCGCUACUGCUGAUCUGGUCAAUUGUAUGCAGUUCUUGCAGGACUUGCAUUCAUGUUUUCAUCUAGCAUCCUGCUCCAGAUCUUGGCUUGCGCGCUAUACAGCAACUGGUGGCCAAUGCUAUCAGCUCUGAUGUAUGUUCUGGUGCCAAUGCCUUGUCUUUUCUUUGGUGGUGGAACCACUCAGUUCCUUACGAGUCGAGAAGGUGGGGGUUGGAUAGAUGCUGCCAAGUUCCUAACAGGUGCAUCUGCUGUGGGAAGUAUGGCCAUUCCCAUUAUUCUGAGGCAUGCAGGCUUGAUUGGAACUGCAGCAAUGUUCAUCGAAUUCACAUCUUUCUUCAUAUUCGUCUGCACGGUCCUUUGCUUUCAUCGCGCCAGUCUUGAUGACGAGUGGUAACAUUUCUAUCAAGAGACACUUUCUGUACAUCUAGGACCAGUUUCGACUAGUGACGCAACGCUUGCUGUUUUGGAAGAGGAAAAAAUAGAGGAAGAUAUAUAUCCCAACAUGUACAGAUAAAUUCUUGGUUGGUUGGCAGAGUUUUUAUAUUGCUCAAUAUUUUGUGAAUCUUUGAUGUUAGAUUACUAGCAGACCAUAUAUUUAACAAUAAACAAGUCCGACUCUCUUCCAAUGAUUUGAUAUUUUGAAUUAA